AUGAGCCUUCGAAUGAAAUCGAGACUGUUGGCGUGUUUUAUCAGCAACAGCAAAAAGCACUUGUCCGACGACGAUGACGAGGGUGAUCAUGACACGAGCAAUCUACUGGAAGAAGAAAGCGACACCACCAAGUCCUACAAUCUCACCAAUCAUCAUCAUCAUCAUCAUCACCACGAAGAAUCCACAGACAAACCAAUGGAGCCAUCUCUGCCGACGCUCGAAGAACAAGUUGUGACGACACCGACGGAAAAAGACUCGAGUAGUGGGCUUUCACUGUCACCUCCUCCAGCGACCAUGGCUAUAUCGGAUAGUUCCUGCUCGGCAGCGACUACCUGGGCGGAACUGACCCAUUCCUUUGGAGAUUUGGAGUUGGACCGCGAUCAGGAUGGCAGUGCGGCCAGCGCCAGCAGCAUUACGGGUUGCUCCUUUCGUAGUACACCCACUCCACUCAGUGCUCCCGGCAGUCCUUUUCCGUCGGCGUAUUCGAAUUCUACCAACUACAGCAUCACCAACAGUCCCAGCCAAAGCAGCAGUGCCUCAUUCUCACACUCGCAACCCGGGACACCCACGAGAAGACGCCCUUUGACGACUCCUCUGGUCCGAUCGAGGAGUCCUGCUCGCUCUUACACCAGGAGACAUCCUCAACGAUCCCUCUCCCAGUCAUCCACGGGAACCAGCUCGUCGACAUCUUCCAUGAUGAUGUCAUUGACACUACCUCCACCGCCAGAACCAUGUCCUCAAGUACAAAAGACUUUGACUCUGCUCAAAUCGAUCAAACAACAGAUCAAAGGCAUGAAACGGCGCGAGUCGAGACUCUCCUCCAAGCUUUACGUCCAACGACGAGAACGGCAGCAAAUGCAGGAACAGAUUGUUCAACUAGAAGCCAGACGAUUUCGAGUCGAAGCCAUGUUUCUGCGACCCCUUCCGCUGAUACUCUUAUUGCCGGUCAUGGGGAACGAGGACGAAGAGUACGAUCUGUGUCUCAUCUCGGAAGGAAGUGAUUCCUGGAAUGCCUUGCCACCGCUGAUUCGCAUCCAAUUGAUUCAGACGUCCAAUGGAGGCAGGACGAUCUCCUCCCGUAGUAGAGGAUCGGCUUUGUUGGUGCACUUUGGGCCCACAUUGACGCAACCCAUGGCCGCGGCAUUGUCCUUUAUUCGCAACAAUCCAAACAGCAAUGAUCCAAUGACGUCGUUGGGAGGCAAUGUGUCGGAUCUAGCUCAUUUUGAUUUGCAACCACUGGCGCAACAGCGAGAUGUCAACUUUUGGGAACGAGUGACUUCUGGAAGAGUCAUGGAGGCCGAUCGGUCCAAUCAAUUGGAAGAAUCUUCCUGUCAGUUCUUGUUUGAUGCUCUGCACCGUGAUCUACAACACUUGUGGCGUCACCAACUUACCCAGGUUGUGGACAAGAAUACCAGACGGAUUCAAUGGAUCUUACCCCAGGAGGCGGAGGAUUUGUACUAUGAGGUCAUUCCUGCAGCGGGAUCCUCGUCACAUUUGGCUCUGCCACCGUCGACGCCGCACACAGUUCCAGCCUUGCCACCCUCGACGGCAACACUUCCGGCACUUCCACCUGCAUCGGCGCCAUUGGCUCUUCCGCCCAUACCUCCAUCCUUGCCACUAGCGCUUCCACCCAUUCCGCAGCCUCAGUCGCCGAUCAUGUCCCUGCCAAAAUCACUUUCCCCAAUUCCGCUACCUCCGCCGUCGCCCACAUCCUCUCGAAAAUCAUCAUCACCCUCCCGUCCUCCGCUGUCGCCUCCGUCAUUCCCAUUGGCAUCGUCGUUGCGGUAG